AAAUGGCAAAUGGGUUUCGCUCGCAACGCUCACUGAUCAAAUAUAGCUACCGCUUUUUGUUUUGUUUGAUAAAAUAAAUCAAAAUGAGGACAGGUUAACUUGACCCAGUCAGGAUACUCCAAAUCACUUUCCAAGGAUGCCAUCCUACCUACAACCCUACAUUGAUUUAUGCCCAUCGGUGAGCAAAGUAAGAGGAGUGAAACUGCAAGGAGCAAGAGCCUUGUCAACAAGUCUUAAUGCUGGUGUAAGAGGUGGGAGUCUUUCUUCAAGAAUACCACGAUUCAGUCGAAGAGCAUCUGCAGCUGAUGUUUCCUUGCAAAAUGAUUCUAUCAAUUCAUCUUUUGAGUCUGUACUGAAUACAUCAUAUGAAUCAGGCAUUCUAACUAUUAAUGAAAGAGGGUUGAAACGGCACCAUAGCAUUUAUGAAAGAGGCGAGCGUAGUAAACGUGAAGAUGUGUCUAUAUCUCAAACACUUUAUCAACAAUCACAAUUAUCACCAAGGAGAGCGAAAUCUCCAACAUCAACACGUAAAGGGUUAAAUCCUGCAGCUGUCAAACGACACAAAUCAUUUAGUGCUGGAGAAAGGAGUCUAUUAAAGCGUCCUCUUACUGUGAAACCUUUAUUGACAAUGCCAUUAGCUGAACCUCCAAGAUCUUCCUCAUCUCCUACACCUUCCCCAUCUGGUAGAAGAGGAACAAUACACACACUUGAUGUUGCCAGAACAGAAGGAAUAGUCAGCAUGAAACCUACAACAAAAACAACUGCAGUGUCUGAUCCUGGCAGAGUUCAAGUCUUCGUGCGUAUACGACCACCAAAUGAAACAGAGGAUUUAAGCAAGCAUCCAAUAGCAGUCACUGUUGCUGAUGAAGAGAAUACGCAGUUGCAAUUGUUUGAUGGAAAAAAUAAGCGUUGCUAUCAGUUUGAUGGUGUGCUUUCAGAUACGACAGACAAUAAAGAAGUUUUUAAAACAGUUGGAGAGCCUUUGGUUUACUCUGCACUGAGUGGUUUUAACGGCAUUCUUAUGUGUUAUGGCCAGACAGGGACAGGCAAAACAUACACACUGAUGUCAAAUGAUGGAAUGUCUGUCCGCAUCAUUUAUCAAUGUUUUAAAGUUGUCAAUGCUGAUAUUAAACAUAAAUACACUGUUACAUGCUCAUACUUGCAAAUUUAUCAAGAAAAACUAUAUGAUUUGCUCAAUGAAACAAGAACUGUCGAAUUAUCAUUAAGGGAACAUCCUAAAACUGGUGUGUAUAUUGAAAAUCUUACUGAGUACGUUGUUCAUUCUCCAAAAGAAGUUCUAAAUUUGUUGAAAGUUGGUAAGCGAAGACUGGUUUUCGCCGAAACGAAGAUGAACAGAGCAUCUAGCCGAUCACAUGCAAUUUGCCAGCUGAAAAUAUUGAAGGAAAGAGUUGGCGCUGACAAUACUUCACAAAGAAAUUCACCGUGCUAUGGGAUAAAGACACCAGACUUUAGUGAUGAAGAGGAAUAUUACGAUAGCCAUGAUCAGCUCGGACAUAGUAUUGAUGCUAGUUACCAAUCUCUCAUUGAUGAUAACGAUGAUGAAGACGUUCUUAGUAAUGUUACUCAGUUAGAAGACGGUGUCACUUCUGUGAGAGGAAAGAUAUAUAUAUGUGAUUUGGCUGGUAGUGAAAGAAUAAAGAAAACAAAAGCCUCUGGUGAACGUUUGCAAGAAGCUCAACACAUAAAUUCCUCUCUUCUCGAGCUUGGAAACGUUAUCCAAGCUCUAGCUGAUGGUAACAGGUCACACGUACCCUUUCGAAACUCGACAUUAACUCGGCUUUUACAAGAAGGAUUGUCUGGCAAUUGCAAAACACGAUUAGUGGUUUGCUGUGCUCCCACUGUUAGAGAUGUUCAUGAAACCAAAUGUAGUUUGAAUUUUGGUUCACGAGCUAUGAAGAUACAGGUCAUGGCACACGUCAAUUAUGAAGUUGACUACAAAAAGUUGGCUGAAGCAUUAGCAGCUAAACUUGAAACUCUUGAACAAGAUUGGGACAUUCAGAAAAAAGAUUAUGAGAAGUUUAUUAAACAGUUAAAAUCUGAGUUAGAAAAUCGAAGACUAGCAUCUCCAAUGGAGUCGCUGCUUGCUGGAUCUAAAAGUUCACUGAAGCAAGUCCAGUCAUUGUUAAUUAUUGAGCUGAUGACGUUGCAGUUAUUUUACAACUUGCAAGAAAACGCAGAAAAGCAAACUGAAUCACCAAACGUUUUUGUACUUACGACAGCUAAUCAAGAGUUGAUGUUGCAAAGUGUGGAGGGCUUGCUCGAGUUGCUGUCUGAUUACAUGCAUGAACAACCCUCUUCACGGGCUAAAAAUUACUCGAACAUGUCGAGCAGUGGUAACUCUUCCGUAAUCACUAGUCCUGAUUAUAUUGAGCAAACUGGUUUGUCUGGUUACGAUGUCCCAUCCAAAUUAGAACCAGUCGCUCGUUUUCUUGAGCAUGCGCAAAUAACUACAGCCAACGUUAAAAAUAAAUUGAGAAAGUUAACUCAAUGCAGUGAAGAUGAACAAGGUUCUAAUGAACGAUUUCGAGGCGUAAUGAACUGUCUUGUGCGCUUGAAAGAUACGAUCAAUCAGAACGCCGUCAGUUGUUUAAAAACAACUUUUAAGAAAGAACUUGAUGAUGACCCGAAGGGAAGUCAAGAUUUGAGUAGUUUACAAAAUAUUAUAAAAAGACUAAAUGAGAACAAAGAACUUUCAAAUUUCGAUUCGUUUGACGAUGCCCAAGCUUUAGAAAGUUCUUUAUAUUAUGUACUAAUGGAUAAAGGUUUGCUCAGUUGCAUGAUCCUUCUCAAAAUACAAACUGCGAGUUUAUACCAGGCUUGUACCAGUCAGUCGCCGUCUGUUGAAACUUGUAGCCCUGACGUGAAACGUGUACUGAAAGAAUUAGCAACGGAAAGAUCUGAAAGAGAUAAACUACAAGAUACUGUAUAUAGUUUGCGCGAGGAGAAAGUCAUAUGCGAUGAAAAUUUAAAAGAUAUUGAGUUGGAACUAAAAACUGUGAGAGAGUUAAAGGACAAUUUAGAAACCAAGUUACAUGCUGUAGAGAAUAAAAACGUAAAAUAUGAAGAGCAAAUAACAAAAGCCAGAGCUGAACAAUGUGAUCUGGAGAAACGAUUGGCCGAUAUUGAAGCGCGAAAGGAUGAACUAGAAUCCAGUUUGAAAAACAGUGACAACAAUAACGCUAGAAAAGAAAGGCUUAUCGUGGACCUUAAAAACGAGAAGGUUGCAUUGGACAGUUUAGUGUCAACGUUAAAGGAAGAAAUUACCUUGUUGGAGAAAGAAAGAACACGUGAUGUAGAAGAGAAAAGACAAAUCGAAGAAGAACUUGAAGAUGUGAGAGAUCGAAAUAUUAUUCUUGAAACUGAAUGGUCGUGUUGCAGAGAAGAGAAUGGUUUGCUAGAAAACGAAUUGACAGCAUUGGAAGAAGACAAGACAAUACUGGAAGUUGAAUUGUUAAAGUAUCGAGAUGACGUAAAAAUGUUGGAAGAAGCUGUCUCUAUGCUUGAAGCUCAAUCGAAAGAUUACAAACAGGACAUUGUGAGUUUAAAAACAAAAGAGGAACGUCUACUGGCAAGUGUGAGGGUGGAAAAAGAAAAAUUUAACAAGGAAGUGAACACGUUGAGGCAAGAAAUGUCUACUUUGCGGGUCGAACGACGUCGUUUCCAACGCGACAUUUCAAUAUCUAGAUCCGACAAAUCGAAUACGGAGAGAGCGUAUAAUGCUUUGAAAAUACAGAAAGAUUCUCUUCAAGACGACCUCUCUUCAUACAAACAGGAAGAGAAACGACUUCAACGCGAAAUCAUGCUGUUGAAAAGUGAUCGAACCAAAUUAGAACGGGAGGUGAACAGUUUGAAAAAUGAUAACAUAAAACUUAAACAACAAAUUGCACAGGCUGAUAAAGUGAAGAUGAACUUUAAGCUUUUGCAAAAAAAUGAAGAGAAAAUAUUAAGUAUGUUUAAUUUGGAAAAAGAUAAAUUAAUUGAAAGCUUGUGCGCAUUUAAAGAAAAGUAUAAUCGCAUGGAGCAGGAUUUUUCAAAAAUUUGUGCUGAGAAAGAAAAACUGUCUAAACAGCUUAAACGUUACGAGGAAUCCACUAGUAGUGCUUCGACGGUGCGGCGUUCGCAAAGCCAACCUACAAGUGACAUGAAGGUAUUAACUCCUGAGAAAAGGUUAAAAGCCUCCUCCUCAGUUCAAGGCGCACUGGUUAGACGCAGCGUCCAUUCUGGUGAGGUAUCCGAAGUCGAAGGAAAAGUGCUUGAUUUGCAACGCAGGUUAGCUUUCUUUAUGGCUGAAAAAGAAGACACCCAGAAAGAAAUUAUAACUACACGGGAGAGAAAUGCGAAAUUGACAUCAGAAAUCAAAUGUUUAGAGGACGACACUGCUAAAAUACAAGUGUUACUCAGUACUCUCACUAAAGAAAAAGAGUUGUUAGCUAGCGAACUUUCGCAGAAUACUACAUCAAGACAACUGUUAAUAAAAGAACGGGACGAGUUAAAACAAGUGGUCGACUCCGCACAAGAAGUGACCACGCAGUUGCGCAAUCAACUGGAUAAAGUUUCCGAACAAAAUCGAAUUUUAGAAGUCGACCAAAUGACAAUAAAAGAAAGUGUAAAACUAUUGCAAAGUGAAAGUGUAGUUUUGGCUGCAGAAAACCAACACAUUAAAACGGAAUUCGAAACAGUUGAUCGCGAAUUGACUGCGACGCGGUCUGUUGUUCAAAACUUGAAUUCAAAGUUAGGAGAGAUGAACAAGAAAUUGAAGGAAGCCGGAGAGAAAGAAAAUACUCUCAUAAAACAGGUGUCUCUUCUGGAAAAUGAAAAUUUGAGUUUAGUUGGUCAAGUUGGUGCAUGUCAACAAGAAGAAGAGUUAUUAGUUCAUCAACUGCGAGGACUUAAUCUACAAUUCAACCAUUUAGAAGCUACGUUGGAAAAUGUGGUUAGCUACGAAAAUCAAGUUUCAUCGAACGAAAGUCAAACAGAAGACGUAAAAAACAAAAAUACUGCUCUUGAGCAGACUGUAAAAGAUUUAAAAACUCAAUUGGUUGUACUUGAAUUUGAUGCCAGUAAAUUGAAGAAGAAGCGUGAAGAAAUUGAAGCGUUGUUACAAAAUUCAAACAAAGAAAAGGCUACGCUGGUGACCAACAUUGAGCUUUUGAAAACUGAAGUUGUGAAAUUGAAGAAUGAAAAGGUAGAUAUUGAGAAGAAAAUUGCUUUAUUAGAGGAAGAGCUAAAAGUAAUGGGUCGUGAGAACAUUCUCCUUAAUCAACAUAUCAUGGAAAAGAGCAAUCGUUUGCAUCAAGAGAGGUCCAACUACAAAGAGCAUAUUGACAGAUUGCAAGAACAAAUUGAAGAUCUGGUGAAGGAACGAAUCCAUCUGGAAGCAGAGUUGGGUUUUUUGAAGAAACAAAAUGAACAGCUUCGUCAGGAGAUUGUCAUCAUCUUGGAGGAUAAUGAUAAUUUAGAACAUGAGCUGGGCGGUUUGGAAGAUGUGUUUGGUCGACAAGAGAAGGAACUUGGCUCUGCGACCGAAGAGACUAAAGCUUUGUUGCGUCAACUUUGCGCUGUUGAAGCAGAGAAUCUCAAUUUGUGCACACAACAAAGCUUGCGACAUGAUGACGUAGAAGAUUUUAAAAAACAAAUUGACCGGUUGGAACGCGAAAAGGAAAAGAUUGGAAUCGAGAAAAUGUCUACUGAAGUUAAAACCAAAACUUUAAAGGAGCGCCUUUUGAUGGCUGAAUUGGAGAUUUCUAAACUUAAGUCUGAACAUGCAACAGUGGAAAGUCAGAGAAGGUUGCUAGUGGAAGACCUCGAUGCUGCUGAUCGUGAGAGAAAUUUACUGAAAUCAGAGCUGCAUGGACUCGCUCGCGCAUUGUCACCUCUCAAGAAAGAUGUGAGCGAUGUACUUCGAAAACAAGAAAGUUUGCAAAGUGAAUUAAACCAAUCAUCCAAUAUUGACAUCAGUAAUGAACUGCUGCGAAUAAAGGAAGAUCUGUGCUCGUUUAAUGCAGAAAAAGCUGCUCUCGAGUGCGAACAGUGUGAUUUAGAAAGCAGAUUGAGAACUUUAAGCGAAGAGAAAGAAGGCUUGAGAGGGAAGCUAAGAAAUCUAAUUCAAGAUUUAAACAAUCGAAGUCAGGAGGGCACACAUAACGAUCUCACUGAAAUGGAAGAAACAAUUCAAUUGAUCAGUCAAUUGAUUACGAAGAAAGACGACUUAAAUGAAGAUAAAAUCCUAUUAACUGAAGAUUUAUUGGAUGCUCAAUACACAAACCAAGUUUUAAAUGUUUCACUCUCUACCUGCAGUGACAGGUUGAGGUCGACGCAAGAAGAACUUGGCAUUGCUACGGUCGAAAGGUUGAAACUAAAAGACAAAGCUAGGCAAGUUGAUAGACGUGUUUCAGAGAUUCAAAAACUACAAUUUGACUGCAAGAGUGGAGUGAGCCCGUUACAAUACGAAUUAAACAAGCUGAAAACUGACAUUAGUAAUUUUGAGGUUGAGCAAUUAAAUGUGUUAGAAGAAGUGCAAAAUUUAAACAAACAGUUAGAACUAGCUGAAAACAACUUAAUAAAUGUUGUAUACUUUAAAAAAGUUAUCGAAAAAAAUCUACGUCAAUAUAAAGAACGAAACAAUCAACUUGAAUUGCAUUUGAGAGUGAUUUAUGACGACUUGGUCGGGAUGGAGGCACAUAUGGAAACAGCGCCAAGUAAAAGUGCCAAAGUGUUGCUCGAAACCCUCGAUUUGCAUAAACAUUUUCAGUCAUUAGAAGACGAUUUGAGGACGACAGAAUCGCACAAUGUUGCUUUAAAAGAAGAUGCUGCAAAUUUAUUAGAACGUUGUGCGGCACUUGAAGAAGAGAAAAAUAUAAACACGGUAAGUUCAGGAUAUCUUCAAGAUAGCAUGGAUGGUCAGCAUUCUUUAAUUGCACAACUUCAAAAAGAGAAAGAUGCUUUAGCGUAUGAGAAGAGCAGACUGCUUACGAAAUUAUCCUUCUAUAAAGACGACAAAAAACGAAUUUUGGAAGAUUCGCAACGUUUAAACAAAAAUCUGGCUGCUUAUGCCAGAUACACUCAACAACUAGAGAAAAAAUUACAAGUCCUUAAAAUCGAUUUGUCAGAUUUGAAAAAUUCUCCAGAAUGUGUUAGCAUGAGCGCUGCUUUCAGCAGUACUAAUCUGAAGGAAGCCUCUGGCAUGUUAUGUGAUCGUUGCAUUGUUAAUGUAAGGCGUAAGUUUGAAGGGGUGCACGUAAACACUCAGUUAUUGGGAGAUGAGUUGCUAGAUUGUAUCACAGACAAUUUAUCUCUCGAAACAGCAAUUUUUAGUUUUAUGGAAGAGAAGUUAAAACUAGAGAGAGAAAUGGUUGUGGUCGAAACAGAUUUUUGUGAUUUGGGACAACAAGCCCUAUUAAAUGAAUUGAGCAGUCAGCAUUUGUCGGGUUAACAUUGAAAUAUAAGAUCCUGAUCAUUUAGUCCGUUAUUUUUUGAUCCCUUAAAAAUACCUCUACCCAAUUUUUUCAACAUAUUCCUUUUCCAAGCUAGCCUGCGUACACUGUAACCCCUUGCCCUCCCACCCUCCGUCCCACUCCCUUCCACCCUUAUUGAAACCAUGUCUAUACAUAUAUUGUAGAAUGCAUCCCUUUGGUCAUUUGUGAACAAAAAGUAGGUGGUGCAGAGAUUUAAUGAUGGCGUGAAAAGUACGACAGCUUGAGAAUAUCAUGACAGUCAGAGUACUUCGCAUCGUUUGGUGGUUGUGGACUUCGUACAACUGAACGCAGCAAUAUGUGAUCCAUCGAUGGUGAACCUUUGUUACACUUUUUUAAUUUUUAUUACAAUUUAUAAUUUGCACUUUUAAAACGAAAACAACACAUUUCCUAAAAAAAGCAAAAUUCUGUUAUUAAAAAAGAACCUUCUCGUCUAAUGUAACUCAUUUUUUUAUGUUCUGAAUAUUUUUUGUAGAUAAUUUACAUUUUUGUUAUUAGUGACUUUUCGAAAUAGCUAUUUAAUUUAUCUGUGUAUUUAAAUCUUGUAAAUUAUCUGCUGUUGACUAGUAUAUACAAAUAUAUGUAGAUGGAGGUGAUCUCUAUCAGCGAGA